AGACCUAUAAAUUCGCCGGCGGCUUCGUCAUUCCAGACGGAAAAAAACCCUAAUCGCUACGCCUCCUCGUGAAGGGAAAGAAGCGGAUCAAAAAUGGCUAGAGGAUUGAAGAAGCAUCUUAAGCGGCUCAAUGCCCCCAAGCAUUGGAUGCUUGACAAGCUUGGUGGUGCUUUCGCGCCAAAGCCAUCUUCUGGUCCCCAUAAGGCUCGGGAAUGUUUGCCGCUAAUCCUCAUUUUGAGGAACAAAUUGAAAUAUGCGUUGACUUAUCGUGACGUGAUUGCUAUUUUGAUGCAACGCCAUGUGAUGGUAGACGGAAAGGUUAGGACGGAUAAGACCUAUCCCGCAGGUUUUAUGGAUGUUAUCCAAAUCCCUAAAACGAAUGAGAAUUUUCGGCUUUUGUAUGACACGAAGGGACGCUUUCGUCUGCACUCAAUUAGGGAUGAAGAGGCAAAGUUCAAGCUUUGCAAGGUUCGUUCCGUUCAGUUUGGGCAGAAAGGCAUUCCUUUCCUGAACACCUACGAUGGCCGCACAAUUCGCUACCCUGACCCUCUGAUAAAGGCGAACGAUACUGUAAAACUUGAUCUUGAGUCAAACAAAAUUGUCGACUUCAUCAAAUUCGACGUCGGAAAUGUUGUGAUUGUCACCGGAGGAAGGAACAGAGGCCGUGUUGGCGUGAUCAAGAACAGAGAGAAGCACAAGGGAACGUUCGAGACGAUUCACGUCCAGGGGCACGAGUCCGCGACUCGACUCUGUAAUGUGUUCACCAUUGGAAAGGGAACAAAGCCUUGGGUCUCUCUUCCUAAAGGUAAGGGUAUUAAGCUUUCUAUUAUUGAGGAGGCCAGGAAGCGCUUAGCUGCUGCUUCUGCUGCCACUGCUUGAUGUUUCUGAGGGUAUUUAGAGAAUUUUCGUUUUGUUUUGUUGUGUUUUGAAUGAAGAAUGAAGAAUUUAGUGGACACAUUUUGUUUGUGGUUUGUUUAUUGUAACUUGAUGUUUUAACUGGGAGUUAAUUUGCUUUGGAUCUGGAA